GCAUGUCAGCGGUCGUAGUAGCCGUGCAGCAGGAUCCCCGUCCCUUUUUUAAGCGGACAACUGCACAAGCCGCCUUCUCCCUCUCCGCCUCCGCCACCAUCCUACCACCGUUCCCAAAGGCCAGGGCUCAGGCACCGCCAAACCGCAUGGCGUCGCUCUCCGUCUCCCUCCGUGCCCCCGCCUCCCCGGCCGCCGCCGCCGGAUCCCGAGCCGCCGACCCCGUCGAGGCGUCGUACUUGAGGACCAAGAUCAACUGCAGCUUCCCUACAAUUGGUGCUUCCUCCUCACAUGCUAGGAGCAUUGAGCCGGUAAGAGCCACGGUCACACAGGUGCCCUCUGCCACUCCCCAAUCUUCCAGUGGGGAAAAGUCAAAGGUCGGCAUCAAUGGAUUUGGACGGAUUGGAAGGCUGGUUCUGCGAAUUGCAACCAGUAGAGAUGACAUUGAAGUUGUGGCUGUCAAUGAUCCUUUCAUUGAUGCUAAGUACAUGGCUUAUAUGUUGAAGUAUGAUUCCACGCAUGGUCCAUUUAAAGGCACCAUAAAGGUUGUGGAUGCGUCAACCUUGGAGAUUAAUGGGAAGAAAAUCUCAGUUACAAGCAAAAGAGAUCCCUCAGAUAUCCCUUGGGAUAGUUACGGAGUUGAAUAUGUUGUUGAAUCGUCUGGAGUUUUUACAACAAUCGAGAAAGCAUCGACACAUUUGAAGGGUGGUGCAAAGAAAGUGGUGAUAUCUGCUCCAUCAGCAGAUGCUCCUAUGUUUGUGGUCGGAGUAAAUGAGAAGAAUUACGACCCCAGCAUGAAUGUUGUCUCUAAUGCAAGUUGUACCACGAACUGCCUUGCUCCCCUUGCCAAGGUUGUCCACGAGGAAUUUGGCAUUGUUGAGGGACUCAUGACAACCGUCCAUGCUACAACAGCCACCCAAAAGACUGUUGAUGGUUCUUCAAUGAAAGAUUGGAGGGGAGGACGUGGUGCUGGUCAAAACAUCAUACCUAGCUCUACUGGUGCAGCAAAGGCUGUUGGGAAGGUCCUUCCUGCACUAAAUGGAAAACUCACUGGUAUGGCCUUCCGAGUCCCAACACCAAAUGUAUCUGUCGUUGACUUGACCUGCCGGAUUGAGAAAAGUGCUUCCUAUGAAGAUGUGAAAGAAGCUAUCAAGGCAGCAUCAGAGGGUGCACUAGAAGGCAUUUUAGGCUACACAGAUGAGGACGUUGUUUCAAAUGAUUUUGUUGGUGAUGCUAGGUCGAGCAUAUUUGACGCCAAGGCUGGUAUUGGCCUAAGUUCCUCUUUCAUGAAGCUUGUAUCUUGGUACGACAACGAGUGGGGCUACAGCAACCGGGUCCUGGAUUUGAUCGGGCACAUGGCUCUUGUCAAUGCUAAGCACUGAUACCUGUGGAUCCUUGAGUAGUGUAGGAAGAGAAGGCUGCAAUUUUGAAGGCCCGCUCUACAAUUCGGAAUAAGAAUUACUCUGAACACAGAGAAUCAAAGUCGUCGACUUGAAGUUGAAGCUAUGUGAUGUGAUAAACAUAUUGAUUUGUUGUGGAAUUGUUAUGGGACCACUAUGAGGCACAAGCCCCUGUAUCGACCUUACAUUCACCCGCAUCUCGUGAAGUAGUCCAUGUUGCUUCCGCCGUUCCGCGUGCUGGUCACACGAAUGUUUGUGCUUGCCUGUACAUUCCGGUGCCC